AUGCGUCUCUCAACGACCAUCGUCGUCUUGGCCCUCGCUGCGGUUGGCCUGUGUCACCGCCACGAGAACCUUUCCGCGCAUGAGCUCCGCGCCCGGAAGGCCGCGACUCAUAAGCGCCAUGCGGAGGUGCGCAGCGCGUGCAGCAGCCAUAUCGCAGCGUACCACUCGACCCGCAAGGCCAAGCGCAACCUAGCGAAGAGGUCCUUGGCCGAUGUAGACGCGACCGUGCAUGUGCCCCACCAUUCGGCUAUCGAAAACUAUACCUGCGUCACCGCCCCUGAGGUCAUGGAAGGCCCUUAUUACAUUAACAAUGAGCAAGUCCGCCAAGACCUGAGGGAUGACCAACCGGGCAUCAAGCUCGUUCUCGACGUUGGGGUUAUUGACGUCUUAACUUGCGAACCGCUCGAAGACGCCCUUGUCGAGCUGUGGACUGCGAAUGCGACCGGCGUGUACUCGAGUUACAGUGCAAACCUCGAAGGUCCCCCUCCAGGUCCUCCUGGUGGACCGGGAGGCCCGGGUAAGGGACCCGGAAGGAAGCCCUCCGGCGGCGACAAAGGCCCUCCGAGCAAGGGAGGCAAGGGUCGGCCCCCGGGACCCCCUCACGGCAGUCCGGCCAUGACCGCGAACGAGACUUUCCUUCGAGGCGGAUGGAUGACCGAUGCAGAUGGCAUUGCUGAAAUGACUUUGGUUUACCCUGGUCACUAUGCUGGCCGCGCGACACAUAUUCACACCAUGGUUCAUGUUAAUUGGUCUAUGAGUGACAACGGGACGCUGAUCUCUCACGCUGGCAACGUUGCUCACAUCGGCCAGUUGUUCUUCGACGAUGACCUCACAGAUCAAGUGCACAAGCACUGGCCUUAUUCCCUCAACAAGAGGCGAAGGGUCCGCAACUCCGAAGAUCCCCUUUUCGAGGAAGAGAAUGCCGACGGCAACAACGCCAUCAUAGAAAUCGAUAUGUUGACCGACAACAUCGCCGACGGUCUCCUCGGGUAUAUCACGUUUGGUGUGAACAGCUCGGCUUCCUACGACAUACACAACACGAAUUACCUCAACUCAUCGACCAAGAGCGUUGAUGCGACUGGGGACGCCUCGGCAAAUACGAUGGCCGCCGAUGAUCAAGAUGUCCUUGUAGAAGGGAAGUUCGUGAUCCAAGCCUAA